AGACAGCGCUGGCUGUCUGUCUCUCCGGGUUUCAGCCGUCUGUUGUUCAGUGUUCACUAGCUCUCAUCAUGCGUCAGUGUUUAAUGUUACUGGAAUAAAAAAACUUUCUGCUCUGCUCUACUUUGACCUGGCUUCUUCUUUAUAAACCCAGGACUUAUUCUUAACCAACGGUUCAUCUUUUCACAAACCGCGAGGCGAAUAUUCAGAGCUGUUCUUCAUAACUAAACAUGUCUAUAUUGCCUUUCACGCCUCCUAUCGUGAAGAGGCUUCUGGGCUGGAAGAAGGGCGAGCAGCACGGACAGGAGGAGAAAUGGUGUGAGAAGGCAGUGAAGAGUCUGGUGAAGAAGUUGAAGAAGACAGGGCAGCUGGAUGAGUUGGAGAAGGCCAUUACCACCCAAAGUAUUAACACCAAGUGCAUCACAAUACCGAGGUCUCUAGAUGGCCGUCUGCAGGUGUCUCACAGAAAAGGCCUCCCUCAUGUGAUCUACUGCCGGCUUUGGCGCUGGCCUGACCUGCAGUCCCACCAUGAGCUCCGUGCCAUAGACAUGUGUGAGUUCGCCUUUCACACGAAGAAGGAUGAAGUGUGUGUGAACCCCUACCACUACCAGCGUGUUGAGACACCAGUUUUGCCCCCAGUCCUGGUUCCUCGGCACACUGACAUCCCCACUGAAUUCCUUCCGCUGGAUGAUUACUCCAUUCCUGAGAACACCAUAUUCCCUUCUGGAAUUGAGCCGCCGAGCAACUAUAUACCGGAGACGCCUCCUCCAGGCUACCUGAGCGAGGAUGGCGAAACCAGCGACCACCACAUGAACCACAGCAUGGACACAGGUUCCCCGAGCCUUUCACCCAACCCGGUUUCCCCCGCAAACAACAACCUAGACCUGCAACCGGUAACAUACUGCGAGUCUGCCUUCUGGUGCUCCAUCUCCUACUACGAGUUGAACCAGCGUGUAGGCGAGACCUUUCACGCCUCCCAACCAUCUCUGACAGUGGACGGCUUUACAGACCCCUCCAACGCCGAGCGUUUCUGCCUGGGAUUGCUGUCCAACGUGAACCGCAACGCAGCUGUGGAGCUCACGCGCAGACACAUCGGCCGAGGUGUGCGCUUGUAUUACAUCGGUGGCGAAGUGUUUGCAGAGUGUCUGAGUGACAGUGCUAUUUUCGUCCAGAGUCCAAACUGUAACCAGCGUUAUGGCUGGCACCCCGCCACGGUGUGUAAGAUUCCUCCCGGCUGUAAUCUGAAGAUCUUCAAUAAUCAAGAGUUUGCUGCUCUCUUGACCCAAUCUGUGAAUCAGGGUUUUGAGGCUGUGUACCAGCUCACCCGCAUGUGCACCAUCCGCAUGAGUUUCGUCAAAGGGUGGGGAGCAGAGUACAGACGGCAAACAGUGACCAGCACCCCCUGCUGGAUAGAGCUGCAUCUUAACGGUCCCCUGCAGUGGUUGGACAGAGUGCUUACUCAGAUGGGCUCUCCAAACCUCCGGUGCUCCAGCGUGUCGUAGGAUGACCCCACAAGCCCUAUCUAAAUAACCACACCCAGAACUCACCAUCUUUUGCUACUGUACAGUAAAAGCAGCAGAGUACAAACUGAGGACAGAGAUGAAAACAUCUGCAGGACUUUCGAGAUUGUCAGUUCAACAGAUUUUAGUUUAAGCACUUUCAAACAAUGACACUCGUGGAUCGUGGAUGUGUUCCCAUGAACAGUUUAAAAAUGAGGCACUUACCUCAAUGUUUAUAGAAACCUUUUAUUUUUGGAUCAACAAAUUACCACACAUUUAAUGAAAUACUCUCUAAGUCAGACGCAUGGGCUCUUAAGCAAUCACUUACAUGGGUGCCUAAUAGACAUUUCUGGUUUUAAAACGUUUCCACAACCUUCAGUGAAGGGGUCCUGUGUGAACUUACGUUAGCCUGGUAGCUAGCAAUAAGCUAGCUGUUUGUGUAGUUGUGCUUCCUGUCCAUGCUGAACAGGUCAGUAUAUCGUGUCUGAGAUCCACGUUGGUCUCAUUUGCACAGUUAACCAGGUUUGUAAGCUUCUAGACUAGCUGGGACUGAGUGUGUAAAAAAGGGUACCUAUGGUAAAACAACCUUGAUGAUAAAAAGCACUUAUUUUUACAAGUCGACCAUGAUGUAAACAAGAGUUUUGUCAUUGACAAAUGUAAUAGAUGACGGUGCCAUCGUAUAUCUUAACUUGAAGAUGGUUACUUUAAGAAUUGUGGCAAAUCAGACAUUUUGUAAUAAGUAUUUUUGCAUAAACUAAAUGGAAAUUGUGAAGUAUAUUUUUACUGCUAUAGAGUAUUGACAUUAGAUUGUGUAGUUGUCCAACAUUGUCAUAGGAAUUGCAGCACCAGUUGGUGUGGUAUAAAUUAUGUAAAGGACACAUACACAAUAACAUUACCUGGCCAAACAGUUCACUUUUCUUGCUCUUUUUAAGAUUGCUUAGAUAGGCCAACAUUGAAUUGUUCACAUGGUUAUUUUAUUGUUCGUUUUUCUGUUUGUGUUCAUCAUGGUGCAUCAAAGGGAUGUUUUAAACUCAGGACCACCAAUCCAUUCAACAGAUACAGAUUUUUAUGCAAGAAAAUAGUGCAUUUUUUAUUUCUAUUUUGAGUAGGGUUAAACUAAAUCGACACUAUUAUAUUUGAUGUCUUUUCAUGAAAAAGUAGAGGGCAAGUACUGCUGGCAGCUCUUGGAUCGCUUGUAUAAAAAAUAGUUCAUAUAUUAUGUACUAGCUGGAUUGUCUUUGUUUUGAGCUUAUUUUGUGUAUGCUUUUAAUAUCAUGGACAAAUUUAAUAUUUGAACAAUCGACUCAUUGCAUGAACUGGAGAUACGUUCUUAACAGAUGAAUGGUUUUUCAUUUUAUUGUUUGACGUCUGGACUCUGGAGGGAGUACUGAAACAUUGCUCAUGGAAAUAUCAAAGCGCUCUGCUUGCUUUAGUUUGUACAGUCUGGAAAUUGAGCAAUUGAUCCUUGUGAUGUUUGAUCCCCACCAGCUGACCUUGCUGUAUAUCUUAUGACUUUGCUGGGACCUCCUCUGCAACUUAACAGGCAUUUGAGGUUUUUAAUUAGAUUUGCCAUUUUCACUGAAAUUUUGAUAUUCAAGUAUUCUGUGUCUCUUAAAUAACUUGAUAUGGUAAAGCAUUUGACCAGUCAUAACUUUAAUAGGUAAAUAUAUGGGUGAUUUAUAUUAUUGCAGGUACACUUGUGUGUCCAAAGUAAUUUUUUCAAAUGGUUAUAUUUUCUAAUAUCUUAAUAGAUAGAUAUUACAGGCCAUAACAAUAUAAUAUUUUUGUAAAAUGUAUUAUUUAGCUGAAAAUCAUGAUUUCCUUUUAUUGGAAUUAGUCUGUCAAUUCUGUUACAGUCAAAAUUUGAUAUAACUGGACACCAAAUGUACCUGCAAUUAAAUGAUUGCCUUUACAUUCUUAUACUGGUGCUCAAUUCCUGUUGGCUCUGAAUAAUCUUCACUUUUCUGAAAUAUAUACUUACAUUUACUGUUGUACUGCAUUUGUUAUCUAAGUUUUAAUAAUAAACUAGAUUAAGAGCA